GCGCGCCCCGCCCGGCCCAGCCCGCUCGCGCCGAGUGUCGACCGCGCCCCGGCCGCCGCCGUACCCGCUCGUCGCGUGCGUGCCCGUCGCUGACGACUGGAGGAAGUUAGAUGCGAUGCUGCGUCACGGUCUGACGGCCGUGCUGUUGGCGGCCGCCGUGGCCGCCCGCUCCGGGCUGGACUGGAACGAGUGCGACCGUGACAACGGAGGCUGCUCGCACGACUGCCUCAAUACACCUGGCUCCUUCCUGUGUACCUGUCCGCACCAGAUGCGGCUGGCCGGCGACGGCAGACGCUGUCUCGGAGCUAGCGAAUGCUUGAACAAUAACGGCGGCUGUGCUCACAUCUGCGAUGAUUCCACGGAAGAGGUCAAGUGUCGAUGUCAUCUCGGGUUCGCGCUGGGCCCGGACGGCCGCUCCUGCCUGCGCGACGCCUGCUCGCAGAACAACGGCGGUUGUCAGCACGUAUGCAGCCUGAGCGCGGGCCAGCCGACCUGCUCCUGCCACGACGGCUACCGGCUGACCGGGGACGGCACCUCCUGUGAAGACAUCGACGAGUGCAGCGAAGCAGUCACCCUGUAACCAGCACUGUACCAACACGCCCGGCUCCUUCGUCUGCCACUGUCGCACCGACUACCAGCUGGCCGGCGAUGCCAGGACCUGCUACAACGUGUUCACGGUUCUGGUGGACAAGUGCCUCCACGGCAACGGAGGCUGCGACCACAUGUGCUCCAGCGGUGACUCCGGUCCCAGGUGCUCCUGUCACCCUGGUUAUCAGCUGGCGGAAGACCAGAAGAGCUGUCAGGACGUGGAUGAGUGUUCGGGAGAGGCCCACAGAUGUCAGCACCAGUGCGACAACAUCCCGGGAAGCUACCGGUGCUCCUGCCGGGUCGGCUAUCUCUUGGUCAACGGCCAGCAAUGCCAGGACAUGGACGAGUGCUCGGUGCAGAAGGGCGGCUGCGAGCAGGACUGCACCAACACGGAAGGCUCGUUCCGAUGCUGGUGCCGGCCCGGCUUCAGGCUGGACCCCGACCAGCGCUCCUGCGUCAAGACAUCUGACGUCGGGCAGGGCCGCGAUCUGACGGGACGCGUCCAGGGUGACGGGCCGUCCCCGGUGCUACGCACCCUGAAUCCCGCCGAACAGGACGACUGCGGGCCUGGCUUCACCGGCCCCCUCUGCAACCUACCAUGCCAGUCAGGGACGUACGGCGUGGGCUGCAACCAGCUGUGCACCUGUCUGAACGGCGGCACCUGUCACCACGUCACAGGACAGUGCAGCUGUCCGCCCGGCGUCGGCGGGGACCGGUGCCAGCAGGGCUGCCCGGCCGGCCUCUUCGGAGAGCGCUGCGACCAAUCCUGUCCCAUCACCUGUCCCGGCAACAGAUGUAACCGGCAGUCUGGUUACUGCGAGUGUCCACCUGGGUACUUCGGCACUAAGUGCUACGAGAUAUGCCCUCAGGGCACGUUUGGUGUCAACUGCCAGAGCAAGUGCAAUUGUUACAAGCCCAACACCUACAAAUGUGAUGCGGAGACGGGUGUCUGCAUCUGCAAGCCCGGAUUUCCGGUCCGCCGGUGUCAGGUCAAAUGCCCGCCGGGCACGCACGGACCCGGCUGCUCGCGCAACUGCUCACACUGCCCCUCGGCACGGUGUCACCAUCUGUCGGGAGAAUGCUUCACUACUGGGCCGAAGUCGAUCGCCGGCGAGUCGAAUCAGCGCGGCAAUGAAAUAAUUUCUUCUGCUGCGACGAAAUCGAAACGGUGCCGGUGCCAUGGCGGAGUCUGCAAUGAGAUGGGACGCUGCAUCUGCCCGCCUGGCUUCCGAGGGCGCAGGUGCCGCACGCCCUGCCGCCGCAACCGGUACGGGCCCAACUGCAUGUACCGGGGCCGCUGCCGCAACGGCGGCGUGCUGGACCACGUGGCCGGCACGUGCGCGUGCGCCGCCGGCUUCUACGGCAAGCUCUGCGCGUCCAGGUGUCCGCACGGCUACCACGGUCGCCAUUGUGCGAAGGUGUGCUGGUGUUACAACGGCGGCCGCUGUGACCCCGUGACCGGCGGCUGCACCUGCGCCCCGGGCUACAUGGGCCACCUCUGCCAGGACGUCUGCCCGCAGGGCACAUUCGGCCAGGACUGCCGGCUGCCGUGCGCGCGCACCCCGUGUGACCCGGCCACUGGGGCGUACCCGUGUCCGACGGGGCGCGCCGGGGCGGCGUGCGAGAAGCCGUGCCCCGCCGGCCGGUACGGCCCGGCCUGCCGGCGCCGCUGCCGCUGUUCGGAGGGCACGCCCUGUGACCCGGUCAGCGGCGAGUGCAACUGCUCGCCCAGCUGGCUGGGCAGCUCCUGCCGCCGGCCCAACGAAUAUUAUUUAUUAAAAAGCGCAAGCCUAAACAGUUCGAGGUCAGAACUGUAAGCGGCUGCCACCACUCGCCGGAGAUCAUACCAGCAUCGCCGCCAUCUGUCGGCCGGCGGCCACUCAAGCCUCGCGACCGGCCGACUGCUCCGACACAGAUGAGCGGUGCGGGCGCCCCGGCUGCCUCUGUAUCGGUGUUCUCCGCGGCGGCAGGCGGUGUGAGAGCCGCCCGCCUACCAGGUAACCAGCCGGCGCCGCACCACUGCUGAAGCUGUCGCCGACCAGCGCACCUUUGGCUCGAACUCUCCCGGCACCAGCCGCCACAGGAGCGCCCGCGGUGUGCCGGUGGCCGCCCAGCGGGCCUGUGACCUGCUGAGCCGCCGCGGGAUGCGGAGAGGUCGGCGGAGGUCACGAAUUUUGCGUGCUAGUGAGGCUCUUAUGGACGAGCUCUGUGCUUCAGGCCCCAGUGGUGGUCGGGCCUGAUGUGUGCUGAUGUGCUACGUGACGCCGCCCCACCCGACAGUGAGAUCCGUCGCAUUGUGAUGAGGCUGUCCGGUACCGCUCCAGGUCUAUAGAUGUGCUUCCAUUGGCGUCGUGCUAAGUGGGCUUCUGCCCCCCCCCCCCCUGCCCAACACUACGUGUGACGCGUUGGCUGGAUUGGGAGCCACCCUAGCCAGUGUGCGGCACGCGGGCGCCAGAACAACUGCCGACUCCCUUGCCCGCAGCGCCGCGACCUGUCUCGCUACGCCUAGUGGCCGAUUCCAUUUAGCCGGGCCUUGCUGGUGACCAUAGCGCCCGUGUCUCCCGCAGUGGCGGCCUCUUCGCUUACCGAUCUGCUAAUACACUAAACGUCACGUGCGCACUUA